AUGCGUGCCUUUAUUGUCUUGUGUUUGGUGGCUGUUGCCUGUGCCGAUAAAUUGGGUUAUAACUAUCAACCCGUUGGACACUCCUCUUCCGGAUUAUCGUUCACUCCUGGUGCUGGAAUUGCUUCUGCCAGCAAUGUAGCUCCCAGCUAUACUGGUGGUGUUGGUUCUUAUGGAGUUCAACAAGGUUCCGUUGCCCCCAGCUAUAAUGGUGGUGUUGGUUCAUAUGAAAGCCAAGGCUCCUUCGCUCCCAGCUACAACGGUGGUGUUGGUUCUUAUGAAGGUCAAGGUUCCAGAAGUGUUCCCUCGUUCGCCCCACAAGCUGAACUCGAAAAGGAAUUCUACACUUUCUCUGCCAAUGAUGAAGAUUUCAAUGAACCCGCCAGCUCCAAUCAAUAUGCCAACUCCUUGAAGAAGGGUCUCCGUGUCGUUUUCAUCAAGGGCCCCGAACACAAUGGUUUGGAAGAAGCUGCCUUGGCUUUGGCCAAACAAGCUGCCCAACAGCAAACCGCCAUCUAUGUUCUCAACAAACAAGCUGACCUCAGCGAUUUGGCCAACAAGCUUAACACCAUCAACACUGGCAACAACAACAAACCCGAAGUUCACUUUGUCAAAUAUCGUACUCCUGAAGAUGCUGUCAACGCUCAACGUGCUAUCCAAGGUCAAUACGAUAGCUUGGGUGGUCCAUCUCACAACAUCAAUGGUGGUGUUGCUCCAGUCAUCAACUUUGCUUCUCAAGCUCCCGUUGCUGCUGCUCACGCUGCUUCUGCUCCUGGUGCUAGCUACUUGCCAGCUUCUAUCUUCCGUCACUAAGA